AUGUCGUCCUCGUGGGACGGCCAGCCGCCGCUUUCCUACCAAACGCCCCCCUUCCCUUCCCUGUACUGGCCGAUUCGCGCCAACCCGGGCGAGCCGCAAUACCUCUACUUUGCCGGCGACAUGUGGCGCUUCACGCUGUACUGGACCCUCAUCACCGUCGGAAUCUCGCACCUCUUCGCCGCUCUCUGGGCCGUUCUCAUGCAGUACGCAUCGGCGUUUCAGAAACGACGCUUCCUACGCUCGCCCGCGGCCGCGCGCUUAACACCCAAGAAUCGGAAGUUGUUAGGGGAAAACCCAAUUGCUGAAACCACUCGGUGGGUAUGGCUGGUGCCAGUGUUUUAUGUUGUGUUGGGCGGCCUGGAGGCAUUGUUGGCGGGCAGUCUGGUGGGGUUGGUGCUAGGAGCUGUCUACAAUGCGGGCUACUUCAAGAUGAGUACGUGGACGCCACUGUUUUGGGGGAUUAUCAACCUUUUGGUGCUGGUGCUGGCCAGUUUUAGAGUGCAAGGCGGUCUCUGA